CAACACGUGUCCACAUUAGCCCCACCUGAGGAAAUCACCAAUAAGGUGCUAACCAAGGCCGAGAAACAGAAACUGGGUGGCGGUGCUGCUGGUGGCAAGAAGGCGAUCAAAAAGAAGUAAUUCCAUACCCCGCAAAGAUGGUGAAGAAACACAAGGGCACUUUGGCAGUGAUUGAUCAGAUUUACCAGGAUAUACCCGCUUUCACCGAUAUCUUUACGGAGGAGAGCUUCUACACGUUUGCCUUUUGUUUUGUUUGUGCCACAAUUCUUGUGGCAUUUAUACUUUCGCGAUUUAUUACCAUCAAACCAGUUGAUUUCUAAGCCAAAUCCACAAAAAUUAAAACUUAAGCCUUAAAUAUGUAAAAACACA